AUGGCUAAGUCCACAAAUACCCAGCAACAAUAUACUAUGUUUAUAUGGAAAUCGAGAAAAAACCAAACAGAGGCCAAAGAACCGCGUAAGUUUGAUGUUUCUUUCACUGUUAUAAAAUGUGAAGCAAUUAAUGAGCUUUAUGACAGUAUAGUUAUUGCGGGUGACGGAGAUAGUUGGGACUCACCCUUGUAUGAACAGUUAGAAGAACUGGCUGAUUACACUAGACCCAAUGCGCCUGCACUACUUGCAAUAGGAAACGAUGAAGUCAAUACAUUAUAUAUCUCUUCACCCUUUGGAAUGUCUAAAUGUAAAAAUAAGGUUUAUGAGAGAAAUUAUAAAACUAAGAAAAUAGAUUUUGAAAAGCUCAACCAACAAAUACAAGCACGUUACUUGGUCGAACCAUUACGGAGAAAAACAAACACUCCAAAGAGAAUGCUUGAUAGGAGGUUUGCCGAUGGCACAGAUCAUUUGAAUCCUAUUAAAUCGGUGGAAUACCUUCCUCUGUAUCGGAACUAUUAUACCCCUGUUAUAUUUCUCAAAUGCAGUUAUGAGAAUGCCAAGAGGACUGCCAAACUCGUAGCACUUGAAAGAAAACAAUGGGAUGAUGAUAUUUAUCUAAAGUUCUCUCCAGACAUAUUUUAUUCGUAUUUAAAAUAUCCUAUUAAAUUUGUAAUGUUGAGAACUAAAGGUUCUGUAUAUGCGCAACUGAAAGUAUGCGGUGGAUCAGAUCCAAACAUCUCUGCUACUAUGUUUAAUUAUAUGAGGGAUCAGUUUUUGGAAUUCAGGGGCUAUAAGUUAGUAAAUCAUCAGGGGGAUUCAGAAGUGAUAUUAAUAGAACCAGUAGAACGUAGGAAAAAUAAAGAUUUAUCUAAGAGUAUCGAAGAAGCUCCUCCAUCCUAUGAUACUAUUUCUAGAUGUAUCCAUACAAGGUCAAGUAGUAUAUAG